AUGGCGCAGCACCACAGUUCGUCUGCCAACGCCCGCAUUGAUGGAGCCGGCAGCGAGGGGAAGAUCCGUGCGGCGCAUCUGCUUGUCAAGCACAAGGAUAGUCGUCGUCCCUCGAGCUGGAGAGAGACCAGCAUUACCCGCUCCAAAGAAGAGGCGAUUCAAAUGUUGAAGGGCUACGAAGAACAAAUCCGCUCUGGCGAGAAGACCUUGGGCGAUCUGGCCGUCUCCGAGUCGGAUUGCAGCAGCGCUCGCAAGCGUGGCGACCUGGGAUUCUUCGGCAAAGGGCAGAUGCAGAAGGAGUUUGAAGAUGCGGCAUUUGCCCUGCAGCCAGGCGAACUGAGCGGCGUCGUCGAGACGGCUUCUGGCGUGCACCUCAUUCAACGAAUCCAAUAA